CCGGGGGUACAGGAUGUCUGUCCUCUAUUCUUCUUCAAUUGUUGCACAGAAGUUUGAAUCCACGGAAGGGGCGCGGUAUGGCAUGAGCUGAGGAUGUAGUGGUCGGCGCCUUUCCUCACGUGCUAAUUCUUUGCAAUGACUGCGCUUUGGAAAGAUAUUUUGCAGAAUGUCCAGCUCAUUCAGUAUGUGGCUCCAAUUGCAAUAGAUGUAGCACUACUUGAAGGUGUUCUAAUGAGGACUAAAGAUGACCCCACUGUUUCUGAUGUAGUGAAUUAUGCACCCUUUACACUGCUCCCAUCUGAAGUACCAAAAGAUCUGCUUGAACAAGCCUAUUCCAUUCAGCAAGACUUUAACCUGCUGGUGGAUAAAGUUAGCCAGGAUACAGAAUUCCUGGAAUGCACUCUUGCCAGUAUCAUUAAAGUGGAUGACUUUACAGCUCAGCUUUUUAAAAUUUACAAGCAGGUUUUGAAAGAAGGAAUGGCUCAGUCAGUGUUUUUAGGAAUCAAUCGCUCUGAUUACAUGUUUGACUAUGGUGCAGAUGGUUCUCCAGCUCUAAAACAAGUAGAAAUAAAUACCAUUGCUGCAAGCUUUGGAGGCCUCACAUCUCGAACCACUACAGUACAUCGGCAUGUGCUGAAUGUUUUGGGGAAAUCAAAGGAAGCCUCAAAAUUGCUUUCCAAUAAUCCAUCCAAAGGGAUUGCUAUGGGCAUUGCAAGAGCUUGGGAACUCUAUGACUCAGAUAGCGCAGUGGUGAUGUUUCUGGUUGAAGAGGCUCAGAGGAAUAUUUUUGACCAACGCUGUAUAGAAAAUGUACUAUGGAUGAGGAAUAUCAGGGUGAUCCGAAGAAGUUUUAAAGAUGUGUUUGAAAAAGCAUCUUUGGACAGUGAAAACAAACUGCAUAUAGAUGGGGAGGAAAUAGCAGUGGUAUACUAUAGGGAAGGCUACGUGCCAAGGAGUUAUAACGAACAGAACUGGGAAGCACGGUUAUUACUGGAAAAAUCCAGAGCAGUUAAGUGCCCUGAUAUAGCUACACAGCUUGCUGGAACCAAAAAAGUUCAGCAGGAGCUGAGCCAGCCAGGAGUCCUGGAAAGAUUCUUGCCAAAUGAACCAGAGGCAGUGGCUCGAUUAAGAGCAACAUUCACAGGUCUCUAUUCCUUGGAAAUGGAUGAAGCGGGUGAUAAGAUGGUUGCCAUGGCUCUUGCUGAUCCAGAUCGAUUUGUGUUGAAACCACAACGGGAAGGAGGAGGGAAUAAUCUCUAUGGAGAUGAGCUCAAGCAGGUUCUGGAGAAAAUUAAGGACAGUUCUGAGAGGACUUCUUAUAUUCUCAUGGAUAAGAUAAAGCCUCUCCCAACACUAAAUUGCUUGUUGAGGGCUCAUUGUCCGCUGAAAAUAUCAGAAUGUGUGUCUGAACUGGGAAUCUUUGGAGUCUAUAUCAGACAUGGUCAGAAUCUUGUGAUGAACAAGCAUGUGGGCCAUCUCUUGAGAACAAAGGCUAUAGAACAUGCAGAUGGUGGAGUAGCAGCUGGUGUGGCUGUCUUGGAUACUCCUUAUGCGAUAUGAGAACAAAAUCUCACAGUGCUUGAAAUGGGAGACAUUUUUCUUUUAAGGCAUGAUUGCCAAAUGGCAGACUUAAUAAUCAAAGUUAUAGUAAUUAUGUUUAGUAAUUUGCUGUCCUAGUCAGAAAACAGGAUUCUAAAUGACCUACAUGGACAGUUUUCUGAAAUAUCCCUGUCAAAGAUGGAUCUCAUGGAUAUAAUGUGCUUUUAACUGCCAUGGUCAACUUGCUGAUAAGGCAUCUCCUAAAAGAACUUGUGGAUUUCUGAUAGCAGAAAAUAUUCUUGAUAACUUUCUACAUAUUCAAGAUGUAAUUCUGUGUUUCUCAGAGUGGCAAUAAGGAAUGAAAUUCUUUCAGAAUUACAGUCUUUUGGGAAACUUCCUGUUUCACUCUGUUUUUGCCUGAAAAUGACCUGAGGACAAAUAAGAAUCAUGUAUGCAUGUUGCUUUUUAUGGUGGUUGUGGGGAGCUCCUUUGAAAGAUGCACAAUCACUAGCAUUGGGUAGAGGGACUUAAUAAAAAAAUGUAGAAAUCA